AUGUUUUAUUUUCAAAAUCAACAUUUCCAAAAAAUUCCAAUUUUUAAAAAUACAACUUUCUUUUCUUUUACUUUAUUUUUAUUUUAUCUUUCAAUAAUUAAAAGUAUAUCUGCUGGACAAAUUAAUGAAGAGGAUGAUCCUUUUAUUUAUAAUACAAAGAAAAAAUUGAAAGAACAAGGACUAAAGAAAAAGUUUUGUUAUUUAUUGAGAUUCAACUUUUUGCACACCUUAUGUAUACCUUCUAUAUAUUUUCUAGAUUGGCGAGUUAGGCCGCGGGGUAAAAACGAAUCUUGGACAGACACUGGAGGGCCUGUUAAUGUUACUGUUAAUAUCUAUCUUCGUUCAAUUUCAAAAAUUGAUGAUGUUAAUAUGGAAUAUAGUGCACAAUUUACUUUUAGAGAAGAAUGGUGGGAUCCUAGAUUGGCUUAUAGUAGAUUUGCUGAUGAUGAGACAGAAGUUCCUUCUUUUGUUGUAUUAGCAACAAGUGAACAAGCUGAUUUAAGUCAGCAAAUUUGGAUGCCCGAUACUUUCUUUCAAAAUGAAAAAGAAGCUAGAAGGCAUUUAAUUGACAAACCAAAUGUUUUAAUUCGUAUACAUCCAAACGGCCAAAUUCUUUAUUCUGUUAGGCUUUCACUCGUUCUUUCAUGUCCAAUGUCAUUAGAAUAUUACCCUUUAGAUAGACAAACAUGUUUAAUUGAUUUAGCUAGCUAUGCCUAUACAACAGACGAUAUAAUCUAUGUUUGGAAAAGGGAUAAUCCUGUCCAACAAAAAUUAGUUUUGACUGAUUCUUGUACAAGUAACACGAAUACUGGUACUUAUUCAUGUCUUCGUACAAAAUUAAUACUUCGAAGAGAAUUUAGCUAUUAUUUAUUACAGUUAUAUAUUCCUUCUUGUAUGUUAGUAAUUGUUUCUUGGGUUUCUUUUUGGUUAGAUAAAGACAGCGUCCCUGCAAGAGUAACUUUGGGGGUUACAACAUUACUUACAAUGACUACACAAUCUAGCGGUAUUAAUUCUAAAUUACCUCCAGUCUCUUACACAAAAGCUGUGGAUGUUUGGAUUGGGGUUUGUAUGGCAUUUAUUUUUGGCGCUUUACUUGAAUUUGCUUUAGUAAAUUAUGCAGCAAGAAAAGAUAUAAGUUCAACACAACAAAGAAUGAUUAAAUUACAUCAACAACAAUAUACUUCUACUUCUUCCCCCAACAAUCAACAACAACCCCAAUCCCAACCCCAAUUUCAAUCACUUUUACAUCCAAUCCCAACAUUAAAUAUACGACAAAAUAAUAACAACAAUUCUAGACAAUCUAUGCAACAACAAAGAUUGGGAAUUUGUUUUCGUUUUUGUUGUAGAUUAUUUGUUAGAAGAUAUAAAGAAAGGUCUAAAAGAAUUGAUGUUGUUUCUAGAUUGGUUUUUCCAAUUGGAUAUGCUUGCUUUAAUGUUCUUUAUUGGGCUGUAUAUUUAAUGUAA